AUGGCUUUCGAAUCCCCCCUCGACUUUACAAAGCCGAUGGGUUUUCCUGCAGACAUGAGCGACCACAUCGACCCGUCCGAUCUGAUGUCCUCCUACCAGCCGUCUGAUAUCGACUGGCUGAGCAAGGACCCCUUUGAAAUCCUGCCGUGGGACCUCUCCGGCCUUGACCAGACAUUCAAUCCUUUUACCGAAGGCAACGGACUAUAUAGCACCAGCAAUCAUGGUUCCCCGGCGGGGUAUAGAGCAGGAGGAGGUUACACAGUCAAGACCGAAGAUGUCAUGUCUGAUACAUCACCUUUUUCCGAUGCUGAAAGCGAGACAUGGUCGCCGAUAUACGGCAAUGACAACAUCAAAAGUGGCAGCCAGUCUCCUGUUGAUGCCAUUGGUAGGAAACAUGAGAGUAAACUCCCAUUCUCAAGUGAACCAGAAAACCCUACCAAAGAGCACGCAAACAACGUUCGCAAAGAGUCCAGCGCUUCUUCAUCCUCAUCAACUUCCUCCUCUUCUCCACUCGCCUCCCCAAAAUUGACGACAACAACAACAACAUCAUCAUCAUCAUCAUCGACAAGAACGAACAACAAAUCUGCUCGCUCAUUACCUCCCAGCGACCCCGAUGCAGCAGCAGUCAUGAAACGCAAAAAGGCCGCGCACAACGCCAUCGAAAAGCGCUAUCGUACAAACAUGAACGCCAAAUUCCUUGCCCUUGGAAACGCCAUCCCUCGCUCGGGCGGUCCGUUCAAUAGCGCACAAUCGGCUUCUAGCAAAGGGCCCAGAAAACAUUCCCUCUGCCAUGCACGCGAGACCAUGUCCUCAGUCGCAGCAGGGAGGAGGCCGCAGCAUGAACAGCUGCAGCAGCAACAGAACCAACAACAAAAUAAAUCCGAGAUUCUCACAAAUGCACUAGCUUAUAUAAACCAGCUGCAAGAUGAGAAUUCACGGUUAAAGAGUGAACUGUUAGUUCUCAAAGAGAAUCUGUUACCGGGGGGUAAUAUAAUGUGGCGGCGAUGA